UCGAGCGUAGCUGGAGCUGCGGUGGAAAGAGGGAGGUGGUUGGUGGAAGAGGUGCAGGGUGGCAAACUCCUGUAAAAGCUCUCUGAUUGCGCCGUGAGUUGCGCCAAUGGCGUACGAAACAGCUGGCAACGACAGGAGUGGAGGGGAGCCUGCUUGGGUCAUGCAUCAAAUGCAGGCGAGCUCUAAACCGCACUGGCCAUCACAUUUUAACUCGGAGAACAAUAACUGGAACGGCAGCAUGGACUCGGCGCCAUACUCCGGAUAUCCCCCCAACUAUUGGUAUCCCCAGUCGCAUAACACAGGGCCUUAUGGAAAUGCUUACCCAUCGGGCACAGAGGUGAAUGGGCAGCCUCAAUAUCAGCCUGCUAUGUCAGCGUACCCCAAUGGUGUGUACAAUCCUGGACAGUACUCCGCGAACAUGCUUCACCCUUCCAAUCCGUUCUACUGUGCCGACCAAAUGCCUCCCAGGCAGCCUCACUUCCACAGUCAAGGCUGCCCAGAACGAAGCGCAGGACAGCCAGCCCCACCUCCCUACCCAGUCCAGCAUUGCCAAGGGGGCCCAGGCUACCAUCCAGGCUCCUACCAGCAGCACUAUGGCGACGGCGGACCCCAGAUGCCCCACAAUCCUCCCCAAUACCCAGGCCAGCAGGCCAUGCACUCCAGGCCCCCGCAGCAGCAGCAGCCCGAUGCUUGGCCCCACUCGGCUGGGGGGUACAGCCCCUCCCCGGGCCCCCAGCAGCACCCGCAACAGCACCCUCAGCAGCACCCUCAGCAGCACCCUCAGCAGCACCCUCAGCAGCAGUGGCAGCAGCCGGGGAGCCAGACUCCGCAUCCUCCCUACGGCAACCACGUCAGGCCUCCCCACCCCCCGCCCUGGCAAGGACCUGCUCCGCCUUCGUACGAGCAGCACAAGGAGCACCAGUUCAGUCAGCACCCACAGGGUCGGCCACAGCCCCUGGGCCCCAAGCCUCGACCCGGCACGCCCAACCAAGUCCCCGGCAAGCCCACGGAGUUCAGCGCACCUCCCCAGCUCUACAAGCAGGCCGGCGGUGGUGGUGGUAAAGUAGCGCCUCAACAACCGGAUCCCCGUUCCGCCCAGCAGCCAGAGCCUACUCCUCAUCAUCCCCACCCCCAUCCCCCCUCCUCCUCUGCGGCACCCAACAACAACGCCGCCUCCACACCACCCCCACCCCCACCCCCCCAGCAGCAAGCAGCGGCGGGCCCCCAGCUGCAGCUGAGCGACAACCCGGGGCUGGCACGCGUCCAGCAGGUGAUGUACCGGGUGCUGCUGCUGCAGGAGGACGUGGACGAGUUUGUGGGCAGAAAGACGGACAAGAGCUACCGCUACCUGGAGGAGCUGCUGACCAAGGAGCUGCUGGAGCUGGACUCGGUGGAGACCGGCGGCCAGGAGGUGGUGCGGCAGGCCCGCAAGGAGGCCGUGCAGCGCAUCCAGGGCAUACUGGACCGGCUGGAGAAGAAGGCCUUCUGAUCUGACUGAUCAGGCCUGGGGCUGGGGGGGCAUUUCUUCAGCAAUGUCGUUGCUGUAACUAACUACAUUAGCAAGCUUACUGUACUUGGUUGCAAUGUAGUUUAACAAUUGGCAACUUGCUACUGGACCGGCUGGAGAAGAAGGCCUUCUGAUCUGAUCUGGCCUGGGGGGCAAUUCUCGAAAGCGUAGUUGUUAGCUAGUGAGCAACUUCUGUAGUUAACAACAAAGUAGCUAACGUAGUUAGCAACUACGGUUUUGAGAAAUGCACCCCACAUCCGGGCGGCAUUUCUCCACAAUGCCGUUGCUGUACGUAACUACAUUAGCAAGCUUACUUGGUUGCAAUCAGGACUCUAAAUUAACACCAGUCAACCGGCCAAAUGCUGGCGAAAUUUCAGUUUGGCUGGUAGAAAAGACCAACUCACAAGCCAUUAUGACCCAUCAGUGAGUGUGUGUGUUUGGCCAGUGAGAUUAGCAUCUACUAGCCAUUUUGGCUAUUGAUGAAAACGGUUAAUUUAGAGCCCUGGUUGCAAUAUAGUUUCCCAUUGGCAACUUGCUACAGUAAGUUGUUAAGAGGUUGGCAACGGCGAUGUUGAGAAAUGGGGUCCUGAUGAUACGCAUGGAUUGAGGGAAACAAUUGUUAAAAAAAGAAGGGAAAAUUUAGGUCGGUCCGUAUCUUGAGGUUUCCAGGCUGAUUUUUUUUUCCUUUCUUCCUCCUCAUUUCCUUCUCUGUUUGUCUGCAGCCAGGCGCUCUCCCCACACCGUCAUGUCUUUGCAGCACCGACUGUGUCAGUUUAAUGGAACGGAUUAGAGCUUUGAGACUUUUUAGAGCUUUUUUUGCCUGAAUCUCUUUUGAAGCUUAUUUUCUUGUGGGUUUAAUAUGCAUAGCGGGGGAAAAUGUUUUACUUUGUAGCUGUUCAACCAUUGUGUAAAUGCCAGAAUCCUAAUGAUUUUUUAAACACCUUUAAUGAGUAGGACUCGCUGGGAUUACAUCUUAAUGCCUUUCCCGUUAGGUUAAUCAGAUCAGGGCCAAUGCCAUUUUUCAUCUCUCUCUCGCUCUCUUUCUUUUCACCUCUUUCUUUCCUUCUUUCUCUUUCUACUGCGGGUGAAUCUUUUUGUUGUCAUUGUUACAGAACUACAGUAGCCCGUGUGCUCUGACAUGCUGACAUGGCUGUUUCUGGCCACACCAGAUCUCAGAGCUAUAGCGUUCACGUUCUGGCGCAUAACUGUAGUGUAGUCACAGCAUCCUUUGUUCUUUAUCUCCUCGAGACUGUUUCUUUUUUUGUUUUGCAGUGUCAGUAUUUGAGUUGAGUCAGUUGGGGAAAGAGGUUGGCCAGCGUCUGUUUAAAAAAAAAAAAAAAAAGUGGAUUCUUUCUUACUGCUCUUAAUGCGUUUAGCGGGGUGGUGUCCCAAGUAUUAGGCUGCCUGCUCAAAACAUAAUUUGACAGAGAUCUUUUCUAGAGCUAAGUUAUUAGUCACCUUUUAAGUAGGGGCUUAUAUAGGCCUGUUCUCCUCAGUUUGGGAUCAACCAUUCAUUGCCAGGCCAGUGAAAGACCUAUUCAAAGACCACCAUGAACCACGCUUCUGAGCGCUGCGCUUUUCUUUGCUGUUUUGUCAAAGUCACUUGUAAUCUCCUCAGUUCAUACUUGUUUUCAGCACAUGAUGGUGUGUCCUUUGUCAUUGGUUUGUACUGACUGUACUUUUACAUCCUUGUAAACCUCAUACCACCUGAUUUUGAGUUUUUUUUCUUCUUUACUUUGCACUUGAACAGGUGAAGCAGUGGAAUUCAGAGAGUGCUUUGGCACGGCCUUGAAGUAAAACAUCGUUUGGCGCUCUGUCUCAGAGCUUUUUUUUAAUGAAGAAAAAAACCCUGUUUGGUUUCUCAUAUCAUUAAGUCCUCUGCUGGAGUACCUAGCUCAUCAAACUGACGAGGUGUAGUCGUCAGAAAAGCGGGGGAAAGUUGGUUUGUUCAUAAUCGUAAAGAUAUUUGGACCUCUUGAUGAGGUAUAUAACUGUAUUGUAUGUAUGUAAGUAUGUAUGUAAGGCAUUCUUUUUUUAGAGAAAUGUAUUAUACAAAUGAGCAUAUAUAUAUUCAACAUUUAACAUAAGCGAAAAAAAAGGAACAGGUUGUUCAAUGGCACCUUUUUAAAAAGCAACCAGAUUAAAGUACCUUUAACAUCACACUUUGCACCAAAGUCACGUUCCUGGCCACUUUCUGCUGGUCUUCUUCCAGAUCUCAAAUACAGUACAGCUCUCCUAUUUCUUUUUUCCUGAAAGAUUUGUGCCAUAAUAUCAGCAGGUGCUUUUAUAAAAUGUAAAAACUGGGGGAAACAAUUCUGACAUGCAUGGACAGUAAUAUGUUUGAAAUCGUGUUGAUUAUUGUGUUAUUUCUCUUUAAUCGCUGUAAAUAGUCUUGUCUCGCUAUCGAACCGAAACGUACACGUAUUUACACUUUACAUGCAACAUGAGAAAUAUAUUUGUAUAAGGUAGAGAACACAGAAUUCCCACGGACCAACAAUCUGCCUGCAACUGUUUUCUUAUAAAUGUAGUGCAUGGUUUUGACCACACGAGGGUGCCGCUUUCCUACAGGGUGUAGGAAAGCCGCAUUGGUGGCGAUUCACAUUAAAUCAAUGAGGACAUUGGUAAAA